AUGGGCAGCGAUAGUACCCCCAACCGCCCAACGACUGCGGUCGCCGGUGGCAGCAGUGCCGAGCCCACUCCCGCGAACGAUGUCGGAGGUGGAAAAGGAUGGGGCGACAGGCUCUGGUUAGGUGGCAAGAAUGAGGGAUUGGGCCAUGCAGAUGCUAUCAAUCCCAAAUCAACAAUGGGUGACUUCCUUUCUUUGAGUGAUCAGAAGACGCGAGCGCAAAAUAAGUUUAUCGAGCGUGAGAACAUGCUUGAGUCCAAUGCCCUACCUAUGAAUGCCGAAGGAGAGCCAACUUGUGUUACCGAAGACCAUAGUUUCAUGAACCAUAAGGCCGGUGCCCCUGAUACUUAUCCUGGAUGGAGUACAGUUAAGAAUAUUUUUGGCAAGUGA